AUGCCUCGCUUCCUUUGCUACUGCCCGGACUAUCCUGAUGCGCUUGAACUUAGGCUGUCAGUCAGAGCUCGACAUCUCGAAGACUCUGAUAGAGAUAAGGAAGCAGGCAGGCAGACCGAUGGAUCAGCUUUCCUUGCCAUCCCAGGCUCUGAGGCUGCUUCUCGCACUGUUCCAGAGGGUCAGCCGAAUCUCACUGGCAGCUUCAUGAUCUAUAACUUGGAAACGAUAGAUCAAGUUUGGGACAGGAUACGCAAGGACGCAUAUUGGGAGAACAAUGUCUGGGAUAGAGAAAAGUUGACAGUCUGGCCGCUAAGGGCAUGA